AUGACCGAGCAAAGCCAGUCUUCAUCACCAUCGAAGAUAAGCAAGCAAAAGAGGAAGCUUUCUACACUAGGCGGUAGCGAUUACAAGAGUGACGAUGCCUUUACGCAACUUCUAGCACCUGGCCCUCUAAAAGACUUGAGUUUAAUUGGAGACCGUAUGGUACAACACGGCCUGAAAUUCGGGGAUUUUGAGGCUUAUGAAAGAUACCCAGCUCUUCAGGAAAAGGUACAUGAGAUCCUCGGCGUGGAGGCAGUUGUUGACGCCCAUCUGAUGUCCGAGAAAAGGUUCAAGAACGUUAUACUCGAGUCGGCAGAGUUGAAUGAGGCAACCUUUCUCCAGAACGUAUGGCCAAUCAUAUGGAAAGAUGGUCACUUUGCGAAGAGUCCUGAGGGUGAUGUUGUUUUCAAAGACUGGAGGUUGAACGAGCAUGUACAAGUUACGAUGGACGUUGAGUUUCGAGGCACCCUGCUGCCACAUCGUUAUGCAAACAAAGGAUUCGAAAGGGAGAUGGAGACAAAGCUGAAAAAGAGCGAUAACAUGAAGAAUUCGCGGCCUGAUUACACUGGUCUUUACCAUCCUUUCCUAAUCAUUGAAGGCAAAUCCGCCCAGGGAUCGGAGCUAGAUGCAGCGCUCCACGCGCGUCGUGGAGCUGCAACUCUGGUCCACGCUGAUCGACUUGCAGCCGACAUCCUUAAUAUAACUCCCGGCAGCGUGUCCGGCACGGCGUCCAUUGCUGCGCGCAGUGGCACUUCCACAGACUGGACCAUAGUUGAGGGAACAAAAGACCUCAAUUUCAACUCUACGUACGAAUCCCAACAACACUCCCAAGAUGGCAUUAUUAGCUCUACCGCCGAUCUCACCAGCCUCGUCUUUUCCGCAACCAUCAUCCCAGCCUGUGUCACGUUCUUCGUCCACUGGUAUGAAGAAGUUACAUAUGCGGAUCAGAGCAAAGAAGAUUUCUACCACAUGACUCCCGUUCGCUCCCAGUCGAACCGGGACCCCGACAAGCCGCUUUCCAAGGUUCGGAAAACUCUACACAACAUUGCGAAGUGGGGCUGCGGCGAUCGUAUCGACGACCAUCUCCGGAUCUGGAAGACCCUGCCUGACUAUAUCGAUCGGCACAACGAGGAUCAACAAUGUAACACCAGCAAUGCGAAGAAGCAGAAGAAGGGGGUCAAUGAGAAGAAAGCUACGAGUGGAAAUGAACAAGCGAUGAUGGAGUUGGCAUCUGUGGAGCUUGGAGACGACACAUGA